AUGGCGGCGGCGGCUCUGGGCAGCUCCGCGGCCUCCGCGUCCCCGGCCGUGGCCGAGCUCUGCCAGAACCCCCCGGAGACCUUCCUGGAGGCCUCCAAGCUGCUGCUCACCUAUGCGGACAACAUCCUCAGAAACCCUAAUGAUGAAAAAUAUAGAUCUAUCCGGAUUGGAAACGCAACUUUUUCUACUAGACUCUUGCCUGUCAGAGGAGCCGUUGAAUGUUUAUUUGAAAUGGGCUUUGAGGAGGGAGAAACACAUCUCAUCUUUCCUAAAAAAGCUUCAGUGGAACAGCUGCAAAAAAUACGUGACCUGAUUGCCACAGAGAGAAGUAGCAGAUUGGAUGAAGCAUAUAAGAGCCACAUGGGAUUAUCUCAGCAACCUGCAGCCAGUAUCCAACUUCCUGCAGCACAGGCUUCAGACCCUAAUGGGUUAACCCAGCAUGUAGCGGACAGUGCAGGGCAGCCAUCAAAUCCACCAUUUGCUCCAAUGGUUACUGCUGACUCAAUCAUUCUGAAAGUUCUUCAGGCUAACCUGCAGCAUGUGCUGGCCUAUGAAAAUCUUGCUCUCCAGCAGAAAGCAUUGGCUUGUAUUCCUGUCCAACAACUGAAAAAGAGAGCUCAAGAAAAGUUAUCUAGAGCUAGAAAAUUGGAUAAAGGUACUAAUUUCAGUGAAGAGGAUUUUCUUUUGCUGGAGCUUCUACACUGGUUUAAGGAAGAAUUUUUUCAGUGGGUGAAUGACAUUUUGUGCAGCAAAUGUGGUGGCAAGACAAAGUCUAGAGGUGAAGGAUUAUUUCCCACUGAAGAUGAGUUGAAGUGGGGUGCAAACAGAGUGGAAGAUCAUUAUUGUGAGGCGUGCCAGUUCAGCAAUCGGUUCCCAAGGUAUAAUAACCCUGAGAAACUUUUGGAAACAAAAUGUGGACGGUGUGGCGAGUGGGCCAAUUGUUUUACACUGUGCUGCCGAGCCUUAGGGUUUGAAGCUCGCUACGUUUGGGAUUACACAGACCACGUCUGGACAGAAGUCUAUUCUCCCUCUCAGCAGCGGUGGCUGCACUGUGACUCCUGUGAAGAUGCCUGUGACAAACCGCUCCUCUAUGAAGUAGGGUGGGGCAAGAAGCUCUCCUAUGUCCUAGCAUUUUCUAAAGAUGAGGUGGUUGAUGUCACUUGGCGAUAUUCUUGUAAACACGAAGAGGUAAUCUCCAGAAGAACUCAGAUUAAAGAAGAAUUACUUCGAGAAACUAUUAAUGGACUUAAUAAACAGAGGCAAAUGUCUUUGUCAGAAAGCAGAAGAAAAGAACUUCUUCAGAGGAUAAUUGUGGAGCUUGUGGAAUUUAUUUCUCCCAAGACCCCUAAACCUGGAGAACUUGGUGGAAGAAUAUCGGGGUCAGUGGCUUGGAGAGUAGCCCGAGGUGAAAUGGGUCUAGAGAAAAAGGAAGCCAUGUUGUUCAUCCCCUCUGAAAAUGAGAAGAUUUCUAAACAGCUACACCUUUGUUAUAAUAUUGUCAAAGAUCAUUAUGUUCGAGUUUCAAAUAAUAAUCAAAUCAUUUCUGGAUGGGAAAAUGGUGUAUGGAAAAUGGAAUCCAUAUUCAGAAAAGUUGAAACAGACUGGAACAUGGUGUAUUUAGCUCGAAAGGAAGGAUCAUCUCAUGCUCAUAUUUCCUGGAAGUUUGAUUGUGGGUCAGUUGGCCUAAAACUAGAUAGUAUUACCGUUAGAACAAGUAGUCAAACCUUUCAGACUGGAACAAUACAGUGGAAACUGCGAUCUGAUACAGCACAAGUAGAACUGUCCGGCGAUAAAAUUCUUCGCUCCUAUCAUGAUUUUUCUGGUGCCACGGAAGUUAUUUUGGAAGCAGAAUUAAGCAGAGGAGAUGGUGAUGUUGCUUGGCAACAUACUCAACUAUUUAGACAAAGCUUAAAGGACCAAGAGGAAAAUUGUUUGGAGAUAAUUAUAAAAUUCAGUGACCUUUGA